AAAAAAGGACUUGUGAAAUUGUAACGAUGUCAGUCCAGGUUGUGGCAGCGAAAAUGGCCGAGGUCGAACUGAAAGACAUCCCCAGCAAAGAGUUGCCACCUGUAUCCCCGGUGACACCGAGGGCCGAGGACAAGGGGGUGACUAAAAACGAGGCGAAUGCCGCCGCCGCCGCUACUUCGUCCGCGGCGGCUCCUGUGGCGGAGGCUGUGAGAGGGGACCCCAGCCCGACAUCAACCCCCUGCCCGAACCCCGCGAAGAUGCCGCAGGCGUCCGCUAUGAAGCGAACGGACCCGCAACAAAACGGCGAAGCUUUCGUGAACAGCGAUGGUACGGUGGCCGAAGCCCCGCGGAUGAAAAAGCAAAUCCAGUUUGCUGACCAGAAACAGGAGUUUAAUAAGCGACCCACAAAGAUCGGCCGCCGCUCGCUGUCCCGCUCCAUCUCCCAGUCCUCCACAGACAGCUAUAGCUCAGCCGCCUCCUACACGGACAGCUCCGAUGACGAGACCUCCCCCCGGGACAAGCAGCAGAAGAACUCCAAGGGCAACGGCGACUUCUGCAUCAAGAACAUAAAGCAGGCCGACUUCGGGCGCAGGGAGAUCGAGAUCGCCGAGCAAGAGAUGCCUGCGCUGAUGGCCCUGAGGAAGAGAGCCCAGGGUGAGAAGCCUCUGGCUGGAGCCAAGGUGGUGGGCUGCACCCACAUCACUGCCCAGACUGCUGUGCUGAUGGAGACGCUGUCCGCCCUGGGAGCUCAGUGCCGGUGGGCCGCCUGUAACAUCUACUCCACCCAGAACGAGGUGGCCGCCGCCCUGGCCGAGGGAGGCUUCUCCGUGUUCGCCUGGAAAGGGGAGUCGGAGGAUGACUUCUGGUGGUGCAUCGAUCGCUGCGUUAAUCUGGAGGGCUGGCAGCCCAACAUGAUUCUGGAUGAUGGGGGAGACCUGACCCACUGGAUCUAUAAGAAAUACCCCAACAUGUUCAAGAAGAUCAAGGGAAUCGUGGAGGAGAGUGUUACUGGGGUUCACAGGUUGUACCAGCUGUCCAAGGCUGGCAAGUUGUGUGUCCCUGCCAUGAACGUCAACGACUCUGUGACCAAGCAGAAGUUUGACAAUCUCUACUGCUGCAGAGAAUCCAUUCUGGAUGGUCUGAAAAGGACCACAGACGUGAUGUUUGGAGGGAAACAGGUAGUGGUGUGCGGAUAUGGAGAGGUUGGAAAAGGCUGCUGCGCUGCCCUGAAGGCCAUGGGCUCCAUAGUGUAUGUCACUGAGAUCGACCCCAUCUGCGCCCUGCAGGCCUGCAUGGAUGGCUUCAGACUGGUGAAGCUGAAUGAAGUCAUCCGGCAAGUGGACAUUGUUAUAACCUGCACAGGCAAUAAGAACGUGGUAGUCAGAGAAUACCUGGACCGGAUGAAGAACGGCUGUAUUGUGUGCAACAUGGGGCACUCCAACACAGAAAUUGAUGUGGCCAGCCUGCGGACUCCUGAGCUCACCUGGGAGCGUGUGAGGUCACAGGUGGACCACGUCAUUUGGCCCGACGGCAAGAGAAUAGUGCUGCUGGCUGAGGGUCGUCUCCUCAACCUGAGCUGUUCCACAGUACCCACCUUUGUGCUGUCCAUCACUGCCACCACCCAGGCUCUGGCUCUAAUAGAGCUGUACAACGCUCCUGAAGGUCGCUACAAACAAGACGUCUACUUGUUGCCCAAGAAAAUGGAUGAGUAUGUAGCAAGCCUUCACCUUCCAACGUUUGAUGCACAUCUAACUGAAUUGACCGACGAGCAAGCAAAGUACCUGGGUUUGAACAAAAACGGGCCAUUUAAGCCAAAUUACUACAGGUAUUAACCAGCUUGGAAAAGGCGACUCGACCUAAAGAGAUACCAGACUGCACAACCGUACCGACCAAUACACGAGGAGGGGGGGGGAGCGGAGGCGUGUCUCACCUGCUGCGGAGAGGGGGGAGACGCGCACAGCUGGAGUGUGGGGCGUGGAGGCCCCCGCGCGAUGGCAGAUUUAUUUAUUAAAGCUACGAUUACUGUACUCUAACCUCUGUGAGCCGCCCCUGCCGCCGCCAACCCAGGGACUGUCUCCUGGGGCUUACCUACAUCCUCUCAUUCUCCUUCCCCUCAUACUGUCAAUCCCCCGUAAUCCAUCAGGAGACGGCGCCCUGAAAUUAACACUAGAGAUUAUACAAAGAAAACCGUAAGAAAGGGAGUCUGUAGUGGCUCCUGACAAAACGAUGCACAUGUUCCAGUCUUACCGUGUUUGUUUUUGACCCAGAAUUUCUUUUUGCCGGCCUGGUCGUAGGAGUGGGGAUGUCCGGGGGGCGGGUGGGUUCCAGUCAUAUCGUCUUUUUCUUUUGUAGCGCUGACCAUGAGAUAUUUUUUGCGUCUCGGAAUCUUUGGUUCUCUUCCCCUGCUUCAGAAUAAAGUUAGCUGAAGUAAACUGAACGGUGACAGUCAUUUUGGCGGGGCCGAAUUCUGUCCCCGUCUCUCAAACACUAUACCAAACUGUGGGGCCCACAUUUCUCUCUCAGUCCGUCUUAAUUUCCUCUUUUCUGAUGUUCAGUUGCUCUGUAGUGCAGUAUGUCAAAGUUUCUAACCAGUCAAAUGAUGCCAGUGUUGAAAACGAGAAAGUAUUUGGCCAGGAGUUAUCAGAAUUCAUGUUGUUUAUAUUUUGCUUUUUCAGUCUACAGUGAAUGUGGGCAUGGCAGGCAAUUAUAUCAUCACAAGGGGUAUAUAUAUAUGUAGAUUUUUAUAGAGAAAUUUUUUUGUGUAUGUUUCACCCACCAUUAACGUUCCCUUCCUUUGAAAAGAUCAUUACCAAUAUGUCAUUAUUAUGAUUAGAGGUUAAAUGUUAUAAGAUGUACUACUUGUAAAAUUCAUUGUGCUGAAGCCCCUGUUUUAUAUAAUGUGAAGAUGAUACUAUUAUGGAGAGGAAACAGAUGUUUGGCCAGUCUGGUACUGAUGUUACUGGCCCCAUUCUGACAUUGUGAAAUUGUAUAAUGCCCAGUAUAUACCAGCUGUAAUUCAUUGAUUAUAACAAAGGCUAAACCAGUUGGACCCAAAUUGGUGCAGCUGAGGGUUUCAGUUUGGUAAGGCAAGAAUUCAUGAAUCCUUGUUCAUGGUUGGCAUGUACACAUAACAAUUUGGGACCUUGUUUCACAACUUAUAUAACGAAUGCAGACAAAUUUACCUUGUUAGAAUAAGGAUCUUUUCAGUUGAACUUUUAUUUAAAUAAAGGGAAUAUAGACUAUGUGUUGCAUUUCUGGAUUAGUGUCGUACUGACUUGCUCCGUAACGACCAGCAACUUGUUCUGGUCCAUUCCAACAAAUGUAAGCUGUUCCCAGCGGUUUUGUUGGGUUCAUUUCUGAGGUACUGUCAUGGGAUGUGCACUGCAGCGGUGCCUCAGACCUUCCAGCCCGUCAUCUCUGAUCCCAACUGGAAGCUGCAGUGAGCCACUAGCUUUAUCUGUGACUGAGCUCCUUACACACGCACUUUCAUCCCUUUGUGCCCCUUCGUACGAGCCCAUAAACUGUGACACCUUCCACCGAGUCAUUUUGUCAGCCUAAAGUACAUUGCGUCUCCAUCAUUUGUGUUCCUGCCCGAGCACGACAUCAUCCAGUUUGUGUGAGUUAUCCAUACCUGUAUUUUUACUUUUAUUCGCUAAUUUUACUUGUGCUGUUUUUAAAAAUCAUCCUUUAUGCAGUUGAUGUUUAUCUGUUUGCAGGAUUAUACCCAUUGUCUUAAGGUUUCUUAUUCGUACGUUUCUUUUGUCAUUCGCUCCUAUGUGUUUCCAGGAUUUUCGUUUUGUUUUGCUGCGGUUGUCUCAAGUUCACAGCCUGUGUGUUAUGGUGGACUUGUCAGCGUUGUUCAGUGGUAACAUCACAUGGGAGGAGGGUGACACCAGCAUCUCACGUUGAUGAUAAACUCUAAAGAGAGGAACUAAAUCAAAUCAGCUGUAUUUAUCGUUGUAAAUCUUAAGUGCAAACCACAAAUUCUCAAGAUUUAAGUUGUCUAAACAAUGUUUUAAAUAUUGCAAGUGAUUAUAGUAGA